AGAACAGCGGCGACUCUCCACGGCAAUGAAGAGGUCACCUCCCCUCAUCGCAGCGGCUCCUCCCACCCACCCAAGAGCUGCUCACCUCCUCCGUCCUCUCGCACCUUAUCUUACUUCGUUUAAUUUAAAUACCCGCGUUUCUUCUCGGAAACAGCAGAGGUAGAUUAGAUACCACACAGAGUCAGAGAGAGGGAGGGCGGGAGCGCGACUCGGUGGGGAUGGCUUUGCUGCAGAGCCAGAGCCGCCUGCCCGGCAUUGGCUGCAGCAGCAGCAUCGUCUUGGCAAGAGCGAGGGUGCAGCAGUGUCUGGCAGCGGCGUCGCACUCACGCGCGCCCCUCCUGCGAGCUAAUGGCGGCAGGAGGAGCACGACGGGCCUCCCCACCUCCUCCUCCUCCUCCUUUAAGGCUGGCAAUGCGAUCAGCCUCAGCCGGCGGAGAAUAAGGGACCUGCGCGUCGUCGCGGAGGCGGCCACCGCGGGGGCGGCCAAGGUGGUCACGCCGGCGUCGUCUGGCGGCGUCAGCGUCAGCGACGUGCUCUGGCCUUCCGCCGGAGCGUUCUUGGCCAUGGCGGUACUGGGAAAAAUGGACCAGAUGGUGGCGUUCAAGGGAGUAUCCUUGACGAUUGCGCCCCUUGGAGCAGUCUGCUGCGUGCUUUUUAGCGCUCCAGGCUCCCCUGCAGCCAAGAAAUAUAAUAUGUUCGUCGCCCAGAUUGGUUGUGCGGCUUUUGGCGUAUUAGCCCUCUCGUUGUUUGGGCCUGGCUGGUUAGCAAGAGGCGCAGCUCUUUCAGCCAGCAUAGCAUUCAUGACCAUCACGGGUGCCUCACAUCCACCAGCUGCAAGCUUGCCCCUCUUGUUUAUCGAUGGCCCGAAGUUUCACAAUCUGCAACUUUGGUACGCGCUUUUCCCUGGAGCUGCAGGCUGCAUCGUCCUUUGCUUGAUUCAAGAGGUGGUGCUUUACCUGAAGAAGAACUUCAAGUUUUGACUCAAGCAGCUUGACUCUAUGAAUUCUUGUGGCAGCAAUUAGAUUAAUUAUUCAAUCAUGCACCAUAAAUUACAUUGCCUGCAUUUACGAGAAAGUUGCGAAAAUGAAGGUUUACUGUCUCCUGUCUUGGUUAAAGAAGAAAGAAGACUUUCCUAGUUUCCUUGAUACCUUGUGCUUAUCAAAAUGCAGAGGAUACAGAUGUGUACAUACCAUUGUCUCAUCAAAUGGAGUCUGACAAAUUGUACACAGCGGAUUCUUGACAAUUGUUUUUUCAACUGGUAGGAUCAACCCUGUAAUGUAAUUGUGCAAACUGAAAAAGCCAGGAAUACUUUAGGAUAACCUCUGGCUAUCUGAAGGGAGAUAAACCAUUUGUUCUA